CCCAGAUCAAUAUACCCUAACUUACCACUUUACCAGCCCAAACAAUUUUCUUGAAACAGGUUCCUUCGUUUACCUCUUUCUUCUUCCCUGGUAAUUUAGUUCAAUUCAACAGAGCAGAGAGCUCAGUUGCUAAUUUGCUUUGCAAAAAGCGUCGGAAAUCCAGUUGCUUUGUAAAAAGCGUCGGAAAUUUAUCAAACAAGUUGAUUUGAAGCUAAAUCAUACAGUGAGAGGAUGGUUCAAGCCAAGCAUAAAAAAUCCAAACCUAAGAAACUAUCACAUGCCAAAAAGCAUGGAAAGCAGGGUGACAUAUCUAACUUCCAUGCUCAGCUUGAUUUGUUGGAUUUGAAGAUUAUCCAAGUGACAGCUGAUGGCAAUUGUUUCUUCAGCUUGCAGGGCAUUGGCUGAUCAGUUGGAGGGCAAUGAAGAGGAACAUGAAAAGUAUCGUCGUAUGGUUGUGCAGUAUAUUGAGAAAAAUCGUGAACUAUUUGAGCCAUUUAUCGAGGAUGAUGUCCCUUUUGAUGAAUACUGCCAGUCCAUGGGAAAGGAUGGCACGUGGGCUGGACAUAUGGAAUUGCAAGCAGCUUCCCUUGUGACUCAUACUAACAUCUGUAUUCAUCGUCAUAUGUCACCUCGAUGGUACAUACGGAAUUUUGAUGACCAGGGGGCAUGCAUGAUUCAUCUGUCUUAUCACGACGGAGAGCACUACAACAGCUUAAGAUUAAAGGAAGAUCAGUGCAGCGGACCUGCUAAGCCUAUCAUGAUUAAGGCUGAUGAUAAUAUUACAGCAAGUGCACAACAAGCAAAAUCUGCAGGCAGUCAAUCAAAAGCAAAACAUUCAAAUAUUGCUGUUUACGAAGGAGCCCUUAAAAUGGUCAUGGCAGGCAGUGGUUGUGAUGAUGCUGAAAAGGUUAAGCAGGUUUUAUUGCAAGUGGAUGGUGAUGUUGAUGCUGCAACUGAGUUCUUGAUAGCAGAACAAGAAGCUGGAGAAACAUUAGAGGAAAAUGGUGUUUGUCAUGAAAAUGAUAAAAUUGGUAAUGGCGAAGAUGAAAGUACAAAAUCUGAUAACCAUGUGGAAAACAGAGUUCCUUUAGAGAUACUAGAACAUUCAACUGACAUUUCUAGCAAGGUUGACAAGAAAAUUCCCAAUAAUAAGGUUUGCCCUUGUGGAUCAAAGAAAAAAUAUAAGGCGUGUUGUGGAGCAGCUUCUGGCAAAACCUGUUCUAAAGCUGUAGUUGACAACGAAGUUCAUGCUAGAAGGAGUAAAAGAGGGAAGCAAAGGAAGAAGGUUAUACCAAUUACCAAAGCAGGUUCCUGUGGGUCAAACAAUAAUUUGCCUGAUAUGGGUGCAUUGUGUAUCUGAUUUAAAGGUAUUUCAUAUUUUAUCUUUUUUUAUAGCUUCAACAUUAUUCUUGUGUAUCUCCUAUUUGAGAAAAAACCAUUUUGUUUCCCGCAGAUGGUGUUAUAUAAAACUUCUGCUUGAAAAUUACUCCUCUUCAAUCACAAAUCCUUUUUGGCAACAUGCUUAUCUUAUCUACGUAAUAUCCUGCUAGAAUUCGAAAUUUCAGUUCUCAUAUGUGUCAUGUGUGCCUUAUUAUAUGCAGUGUGGUACACCAUACUCCGUAUUAUAAACACGCCAAUUACCCAUGAAAUCUGUGGAAAAAGGCAUUGUUGUGAUUGUUGUAGGCUUGUAGCGUAGAAUGUUUCCGUAUUACAUUAAUACAACUAACGCUCGACGGUUGUGACUAGAUGUUGGCAUCUCUGGGAUGUUCAUGAUUCUUUUUGUAAUUAUAACAAGUAGAACGAACUGACACUAAGAUUGCAGUGAGUCAGUGACCAGUGAUACGAGGUUAUGAUGUUUGGCUUUUGGCUGAUUGCAUUAACUCAAAAGAAUUUGGUUUUCAAUACUUAGUUCCUCUUCGGAAAUUGAUGUUGGCAUCUCUGGGAUGUUCAUGAUUCUUUUAGUUUUUACCUCCUUGUGAAGAUUGUUGAUUGCAUAACUAAAGUUGUACAUUAGCCGGCACUUCUUGAAGUAAAUUAAACUCGAGUGUUCUUAGGUAUUAAAAUUAUACUGAAUUGUCAUGUGUAGAGAUCAUGAUUAAUAAAAAAACUGAGGAAAUGAAAUGAUUUUGGCACACAUCUAUGUGAGAUGCUCUUCUCACAUAGGGGUGUGUCAAAAUCAGUUAAUGGUGUACCAAAAUCAAUUUCCGAAGUGUGUUUGUGUAGUCAUUAAUUCAAGUACUAGUGUACUACUAGUAUUGUACUUCUAAAGGUACAGUUUCCAAGAAAGAAUAUAUAGUAGGAAAAGGAAAAAAGAAAAAGGAAAUCAAAAUCUAUUUCCUUUUAAUCCAGGUGAGCACAACCUUAAUUUUGCCAUCCCAUAUUUAGAGGGCACUGAAAAGAUGCUAAAGUGAUUAACAGUGACUAACAACUGUGGUGGGACAGUAGCAAAGUGGACUUAUUUUUCAGUAGUUGGUGCCAGUAUUUAAUUUAUUUUUUCAAUUUCAAUUUCUAUUGGUUUAAGGUCUAUGACCUAUUGACCUUUAAAUAAAAGGUCAAUUCCUUAAUCUGGCUAAAACUGUUUAGGGCCACUUUCAAAAUUAUAGGCCCUAUAACGGCUAUUUGAUACCAUAAUUUGUACUUACAUACCAAUGAAAACAGUAUCAUGAGUCAUGACCCAUCACAGUUAUGCUUUAUUUGUCUUAUAAAUGGUGAAUUGUUAGACAUCAAUAACUAAUUAUCUCCCUUGUAAUAGAGUUAUUAAAUCCAAUUGGUGUGACUAAAUCAGGUUUAGUAUACUUUAAAAAAAAAAAAAAAA